AGGACGGAUGAAAUAGACCGGUCAAGGUGUAAUACGGAAUAAAGGGAUGUGUUUGUUUUUCUCUUAUCAGCGAGCUUGAAGAGAAAGGUCUGUCAAGAUGUCGCAAGGAGGCGACGCAUCGGGUGGUCCCAAGAAGGGUCUGACGCUCGAUGACCUUAUUGCGGCCAUUGACCGACAUGGAAGGAACCCGAGCAAUAUCCCUAAAGUCGAUACCUUCCACUUUUGUGGGGAAAGAGUCUCGGAAUGGCUGGAACGGGUGGAACAAGCUUUGGUUGGGUGGUUGGACGUGGUAAAAUUUCAACGCAUUCUUCAGUAUGUCCUCCACAUCUACCACCAGGAAGUGAAGAAAGUCAUAGAUGCGGCCCAAGGUAGCUGGGAGAGGUUCAAGGAGGGGAUGCAGAGGAAAUGCCGCCUGGGAGACGGGCUAUUGACUACCGCGGACUUUGAGGCAAUGAAUAAAGAAGAUUUUACGACGAUAGGGGUCUUUGUUCAAGAAUUUAAGAAGAGGGCGCGGAUUUCGGAGGAAGCACAGUGCGUCAUUUUCCUAGGGCUACUCACGGCAUCGGAGGCCGUCGAGUUGACGAGACAUGGAGGGGGUAGCACCAAGCUCACCUGGGCCACCAUUGACAGAGGGGUGGAAGUUGGGUGUUUGGACCAGGUGGAGCAACGUCAGGUACGCCUGCAAAGGCAGAAGARAAAGGAAAGAGAUGCGACCGCCUCUGGGACCCCGGGGGUAACAAGGAUUGUUACAGACGUAUUGGCACAGCUGGGGUAUGCGACAGAGUCGGUGGUGCAAAGGCGGGUAGUGACGGUUGUCCGAGUGAAAGGAAAGGAGCCGGUGAUAGAGGAGGCUAUUCAAGAAGAACUCUGGGAAGAGGAAGAGCCGGUGCCGCAGCACCUGACAAAGGCCCAGCGCAAAGUGCGUAACUUGGCGCAGGGCGGUCGGGGAUCAGGAAAAGUGCAAGAGCCCCAGGCAUUGACAACAACCCCUUCAAAUGUAGCGGCUCCGUCAUCUAGUACGGGUCCCUCGCAAGGAGGGGCGCCGUCCUACGGACAGUGGCCCUGGCCGGUGAUCAAUGCAAUCGUACCAUGGGGUAGCCCGCCACCAGUAGCCGGACCGCAAACAAACGAGAGGAGCGGGCUGAUUUCCUCCACUAUGGAUGGGAACAUCUACGAUCAGUUUGGGGAAGACAUUGACAGAAGGCUUGGACAAGUGAGGGCGAAAGCCCAACGAAGGGCGGCAGCUGGGCCGCCACCCCCUGCCAUGUUCAGGCUAUGGCAGGAGAAGAAAGGACCAUCGGUGGAGAUAGAGGAAUUCAAGUUAUGGCAGGAAAAGGGGGAACCACCGAUUGGGGUGGAGGAAGUGGGAAGCGAUGAGGAAAUGACUCAAGGGCCACGAGGAGGAAGUAAGGGGGAAGAGCCCAUAAUCAUUGAGUCAGAUGACGAGAAUGAGGAAGAAAAGAUGGAACCUUCGUCUGUCUUGUUGAGGAAAAUGGAGGACCUGCUGGAUAAGAUAGGGAGGUACCAACAGAAGUUGGUGGGCCUCUGUGAGGAAGUGAGGAAAUGGAAGUCUAACAUCCCCAAGGUGUUCCUCUACGACUCUGGUCCGGAGUCAGCGCCUGGGCGACCCAGAGUAAAUGUGGUGGCGUCGUGCCCACAAUCAGGAAUGAUGGGGAGACCCCUCACUCCGCAGGCCUGGCUUACACAGGCAGCACGAACGAGAAAUCAAGCCAAAGUCAGCGCCAGCCAAGAACCUCCAAGGAGGGAGCCGGAGCCAGGAAAAAGAAAAGAGAUCGUGGAAGUGGAGGAUGACGACAAUGAGGAGGAAGAGGACGAGAGUCUGCACAGGGAAGAGGAUCAGAGAGUGGAGCAACGGGAACGGAAAAAGGGAGAUAGGGGAGAGGUCGAGCCGGUCGUGCGCGACGGACCGCCCAAAAGGAAGAAGUAUGCGGUUCGGUUGGAGGAGGGGUUUGACGUGGAGAAAGUGAUCGACCGGCUGCUAGAAGGGCAUAACGAUCUCAUGACCCUAAAGAAGAUCCUGGCGUCAGCCCCGCGGCUCCACGAUGAAUUGAAAGGGAGGUUGUCGCGACGCUUGGUGCCCAACGGUGAAGAGCAGGAAGAGGUGGUGGCCAGAAUGAAGGAGGAAUUUCGAGAAGGAGGGCUGGUGCUAGAAGCACCGGAUUAUGAUGUCACGGAAACACGACCCUUCAUUGUUGAAACAGAUGCGGGGCCGACUGCCUUAGGGGGAGUUCUAAUCCAGGCGGACAUGGAGGGAAAGGAAAGACCCCUGCGAUUUGAGAGUCGAACCCUAUGUUCGACUAAGAGGAGCCACUCUCAGUUCAAGAGGGAGACCCUUGUUGUCCUCCACUGUCUGCGAAUCUUCCGGAACUACAUCUUCGGCAGGAGGUUUAUUUUGAGAGUGGAUCCGACCGCCCUGGCCUACUCUCUAAGGAAUUACGUUCCAUCGGAUCCGACGGUUGCCAGGUGGCUGACGUAUAUCUGGAUGUUUAACUUCGAAUUGGAGCGGAUUCCUGGCUGUAAGAACCUGGCGGACGGGCUGAGUCGGAUCAACUGGGAUAAACAGGAAGGGGAGGCGGUGGAGAAUACGCCCCCAGUUGAUGGAUUUCUGGAUCAGGAAGGAGAUGUUUGUCUCCACAUCAACAAAUGGUCGCCGCGAGUACCCAGCUGUGUAGGCUAUCCUAUCUGGCAAGCGCCAAAUGGGUACGAACGGAGGGCUGAGCUAGUCCUCAAACCCUUUGAAGAAGAGGAUCCCUGGGGUGGUAAGGAUGUUCAGUGGAUGAUGGAAUUAGCGCUGGCCAGCUCGCAUAGCCUGGUAAAGGACAUGAGGACGAUUGAGGAAGGACCUGGCCAGGUAGAAAGGCAUGAGGACCUGAUGGGAGCAGGCACGUUCGAGGAGCCCAUUGCCAGGAUUCGUAGGGAGGCGACGACGAGGCAGGAAGUGGAGAYGAGGAUGGAGGAGUUGCGACCCUCGCUUGUGGGACCAGAUAGCAGGCCGAUCCGUCUGGAAAUCGAAAAUGUGGCAGACUUUAUCCCUCCCUUCGAGUGGUUCAUGCAGGGGCAGGGUAUACCGAGAGAUGAGUGGGCGAGGACGUUAGCCCUCUGGACCAGAAAGGCGAAGAGGGCACUGGCUAAGCAGGUCAGAGACAUGGCCCGGGACUGGGAGAGCUGCAAGGCACAUCUGAGAGAGGCCUUUCGACGACCAGAGCCCCCUCAGCCCAGAGUCGAGAGGCGUCAGAGGAGUCAGAGGCAGAGAGACCCUAAGCCCAGGGAGGCGAGACCAUCUCGAGGAGGACGGAAGGCCCUAGCCAGGAGAGAAGAGGAACCAGAGCCGGAGCCAGAGGCUGAGGAGCGAGGGGCAUACCCUGAUUGGAAGGAAGUGAUAGAGGUUGGAGAGGACACGCCCCCACAGACGCCAGCGGUGGGUUUGAGACUCGGGGAUUCACCAGGGAGCACUCGCCAGGCAGGGGAGAGGUUGCAGAGAGAGGAGGCCCCAUUGCCUUCAUCAGAAAAGACCCCUUUGCCAGAAGGAAGAGCAGAAAGGAGGAGAGAGAGGGCAGCUGUAAGGAAAGAGGUCUUGACCCUGAUUGACAAACAUCUAGCAGCUUAUGCCCUGGAGCACCGAGACCUGGAGGAGCCAGCACAUGCAGAGCCGCGCCAGGAGCCGUGCCAGCCCGAGAAGGAGAUGGAAGCAGAGAUCCCAAAGAGGGUGGACCUCCGCACGAGAGAAAGGGCGCCGGCUGGAGCGACGGCUGAAGAAAAGAGGGCGAGAAGAACCAGGCGGAUAGAUGAGAUAUUGCAAGAGAGGCACAGGCUGGAGGCAGCGGGGGAGCUUCAGGAGGAGCAACAGGAGAGACAGAGAUCGGAGGCAGCAGGAGCAUUCCCAGGUCAGCCACCCAGCGCGUCAGCUAGGGCUCCGGAGAUUCCAGAGAUGUGGAGGGACUUCUGGGAGCAAAGAGGAGAGGAGUUUCCCUCGCCAGUCAGAGCCGGGUUUAGGGUGGCCAGGAAGGCGGAAGAGAGGUUAGAUCGCAAAAUCAAGUUCCUGGCGAAGACAACUUUUGACCGGUACUUGUUAUUGGAGAGCGAUCUGGCAGGGAAGAAGAUGAAGGAAGCAAGCCAUGGAGUACGCCUGAAGGCUAUGGAGGUGGAAAUCCAGGAACUCAGGGCGUUGGUAGCCAGUCAGGCAGCUAUCAUUGAGAGCCUGAGGCAGCGAUGGAUAAGGCAGAGAGCAGCAGACAGGGAGAGCAGAGGCAGCCAGGACAUAGGUUGUCAGGACAACCAUUUGCAGCAGAGCCUCGCCAGGAGCCACCUAUGGGGAGAGUUAUACUGGAGCCAGAGGAGGCGAGAGCCCAGAGACAGGCGGAGAGAGAGGCGUUCGAGUUCAGAGCCCCUACCGAACUCGCGACGCUGCCAGUAGCAGCGGCGGGCCCAGUCGUACCUUUGGCAGUUGAGGAGGGGCUACCACCAUCUAGCAGUGAGUCGGCKCAGGGCUCAGCAGAGG